AUGUCUGCAUUGAAGGAAAAAUAUGGUGUCCAGAAGUCAAUUUUAAUGUCUACUGCAGUAAACUUGCGAUCGAGGGCUGUGCCACCAUUGCCGGAGACAAGUGUGGGAUGCUUAGUUUUGACAAAACCCAUUGUAAUUGGCGAAGAAACAGAUUUGUGUGGUUUCCUAGGCCUGCUAAGGGAAAGCGUGUCCAAAAUCAAUGGUGAGUUUUUAAAAAGCCUUCAAGCUACUCAAGGACUACAACGAUUUUUGGAGUUUGCGAUACAGACUGGUGAAUCAUAUUCCAAGGCUUUGUCUGACGGAGCCGAGUUCAUUGUGUUUAAUAGUUGGUGCAACGCAGGCAUGUACAAUGUUGAUUUUGGUUGGGGGAAGCCGAUAUGGUUUCCAUGUCUUCCUCUACCACUUGGUGGAUCUGUGAUUGCGCUCGUGGAUGCUAGAAUGAGUAAUGGAAUAGAAGCAUGGGUGUCACUAGAAGAAGAAAUCAUGUCCGUGGUAGAACACCUGAAAUAUAUGUAUGCAAGCUUGGACCCGAUUAUGAUUCAUUGUGCUAUAAUUGAUCGUGAAGACACUCUUGUGCAUGAAGACUAUAUGACCGAGUAUAUGAAGUCUAGUGCAGCUGAAUUUAAUUGA